GGAUGUCUAUCGAUACCUGCCGCUAAUAGGCCUACAGUAGGCUAUUGGUCUAGUGGUACCUUCGCACUCACUGUAUGAGCUAUACAAAAACGUAAGGCAAAUGCCGUCAUAGCUACGUAUAGUCAAGCUAUUCCAUUGGAAAAUAUUUUUAGCCUCGAGAGAAGGGCGCACAUCACGGGGAAGAGAAGCAUCCGACCGCAGACGGGGAAGUAGCCUCGGCGAUGUUGUGGAUUUGAAGAUGAGGAAUGUUUCCUUUUUGACUCACCGAUUUUUGCCACGAAUGUGUUUUGUUGGCGAAUUGUUUUCAUGAUCUAUGACAUUGUGAUCGAAGGACUUAUGGUUCGGAGCUGCGCUUUACACCCGAAAGAGAUCUGAUUUUUUGACAGGACAGGCCGGCAGAGCAUCCGCUGAUCGAGAGGUUGUCGACGCCUCCACUCCCCUUUUGUCUCCACCAUGCUGCCCAGUUUGCAGAGAGUCCUGCGGCCCGCCCUCAUUCUGAGGUCGGGGAACAUGUUGGCAAGAGUCCGCGGGUCAAACCUAGCUCCGCUACGCCAGCCUGUACCGAUGCUACCCAGCCAGCAGAGCUGCGACUUGGGCACACACCCUCACAAGGACCCGAUGGAGCCCUUGAACUCUCCUCAAGGAGCCAAGGAUUUUAUUUAUAGUCUUCACCCCACCGAACGCACAACCCUGCUUAGAGAACUGCACCGGUUUGAGUCGAUAGCAAUAGCCCAAGGGGAAAUGGUCAUCGCCCCGCCCACAUCGGCUCAGCUGAGAUACGUUCUUCUACACAACGCCAUUCCUUUUGUAGGAUUUGGUUUCCUGGACAACGCCAUCAUGAUUGUAGCUGGCACGCAGAUUGAGUUGUCCAUAGGUGUGAUCCUUGGGAUUUCAACCAUGGCAGCUGCUGCCCUGGGGAACCUUGUGUCGGACCUGGCUGGACUCGGCCUUGCAGGUUACGUGGAAGCCCUGGCCUGUCGUUGUGGGUUGGUGGGCCCUGAUCUGAACCCCAAACAGGCUGACAUGUGGCAGACCAGAGUUAGCACCCACAGUGGUAAAGCCAUCGGAGUUGCCAUCGGCUGCAUCUUAGGGAUGUUCCCGCUACUCUUCUUCAAAGAUGAGACGAAGAAGAAAGCAGUGGAAAGGGAGGGUAAAGAUGGAUCACUGACCUCCAUCUCCACUGACAGCAGCAGCAGCAAUUGAGACAACUUGACAGAAAGACUUACCUUCUCGGGAAGAGAGAGAGAGAGAACUGGACUACCGCUACUUCACAACCUAACUACUGCAUAAUGAAUAACCUCAAUCAAGCGUGACUACUGAUCAAGUCAAUGUCUUAAAUAGUUCCGACUGCAACGUUCAAAAAGCAGUAUGAAGAAAAACAACAACGAUGAUAAAUACAAGUGGACCACUCUUCCAACCACGUUUUCUGCUGCUUCUUUGGGUUUUGGUUUUGUUUUUGUUUUAUGAGUUGGUGCAACUUUUCCUUUUUAGAGUUUAGUGUAACUUAGUCCUAAUCAGUUAGAGGUGGCCAGGAUGGAUUUCUGGUGGACUACACUCAAUUCAGUUCAAUUGAACUUUAAUAUCUCUCAACG